AUUACGGACAACUGGAGCGCUCGAUAUGUGAUUACCUUUUCUAGCCGCGAAGUUGCCGAUGAGUGGUGGCGUGCCGUGUCCACUUCCGCCGUCGCUACUUUCGUGACUAGUGUUCAGCGUGUCAACGCCCAGUUCUACACCCAUAACAAUCUCGUGGCAAGCGUCACCGACACCCUCACCACGCCUGGAGUUGCGACCCAAUUCCUCGGCAAGGUGUUUUUCACCUUGCUGAAUGACACACUUGGUCGCAACACAAGCAUUAUCCCACAGCUUGAACAUUUCGCGGACCACAUCAGUGGAAACUCUUUCUUCAUUCGCUCCAAAGUUGCUCCUUACGACUAUUGGUACUAUCCCCAAUCGUCCAACGCGACAAAGGCAGUCUAUGUUUCGCGCACCGAACGCACUCGCUUCACCGUUAGUCGCACCGCUAACGAUACUGCAGGGACUGUCAUGAUUGGCUCUGACAAGAUCAUUAUCAAGUUGACUACCACCGAUCUGUCCGUUAACGUCAAUGCCACCACCGCUCAAGUGAUUCUCUCACUUGCUCCUCUGUCGGAGUUGACUUUCAGUACCCUUCUGACCAACUUCACCGUGGGGUCUUCCUUGUCUGUGAGCGGUGAGAAUGUGAAUGAGCUCCUCUAA